ACAGGGCGCCGUAUGCAUGGGGCAGGAUGCUCUCAUGGAGCCCCUCAGCAGCAUGGUUGGGAUCUUUCUUUGCAAAAUAUACUUUCUUCUUAUAGCAGGUGCUUGUUCGGGGCUGAAGGUGACUGUGCCUUCACACACUGUCCAUGGCAUCAGGGGACAGGCCCUCUACCUCCCCGUGCACUAUGGCUUCCACACUCCAGCAUCUGGGAUCCAGAUCAUAUGGCUGUUUGAAAGAUCCCACACGAUGCCCAAAUACUUGCUGGGCUCUGUGAAUGAAUCUGUGGUUCCCGACUUGGAAUACCAGCACAAGUUCACCAUGAUGCCACCCAAUGCCUCUCUCCUCAUCAAUCCGCUGCAGUUCACUGAUGAGGGCAAUUACAUUGUGAAGGUCAACAUCCAGGGAAAUGGAACCCUGUCCUCAAGUCAGAAGAUACAAGUCACUGUUGAUGAUCCUGUCAUGAAGCCAGUGGUUCAGUUCCAUCCUGCUUCUGGGGCUGUGGAGUAUGUGGGCAACAUUACCUUGACCUGCCAGGUGGAAGGGGGUACCAGGCUAGUUUACCAGUGGCGAAAAAAUGGGAAGCCUGUUUGCAUCAACUCCAACCACUCAUUUUCUCCCCAAAACAACACCCUUUGGAUUGUUCCAGUGACAAAGGAGGACACUGGGAACUACAGCUGCCUUGUGUCAAACCCUGUCAGUGAGGUGGAAAGUGACACCAUCAUGCCUACCAUAUAUUAUGGACCUUACGGACUUCAAGUUAAUUCUGACAAAGGGCUAAAAGUGGGAGAAGUGUUCACUGUUGACCUAGGAGAAGCCAUCCUGUUUGAUUGUUCUGCUGAUUCUUAUCCCCCCAACACCUACUCCUGGAUCCGAAGGUCUGACAAUACAACGUAUGUCAUUAAACAUGGGCCUCGUUUAGAAGUUGCAUCUGAGAAAGUGGCCCAGAAGACCACUGACUACGUGUGCUGUGCUUACAACAAUGUAACUGGAAGGCGCGAUGAAACUCAUUUCACCAUCAUCAUCACUUCCGUAGGGCUGGAGAAGCUUGCACAAAAAGGAAAAUCACUGUCCCCAUUAGCAAGUAUAACUGGAAUAUCGCUGUUUUUGAUUAUAUCCAUGUGUCUUCUUUUUUUGUGGAAAAAAUAUCAACCCUACAAAGCUAUAAGGCAGAAGCUAGAAGGCAGACCAGAGUCGGAAUACAGAAAAGCUCAAACUUUUUCAGGCCAUGAAGAUGCUCUGGGCGACUUCGGAAUAUACGAAUUUGUGGCUUUUCCAGAUGCGUCUGGUAUUUCCAGGAUGCCAAGUAGGUCUGCCCCAGCCUCUGAUGGUGUGACAGGGCAAGAUUUCCACGGAACCAUUUAUGAAGUUAUUCAGCACAUCCCUGCCCAACAAGACAAUCUGGAGUGAGAUCCCAUGAGCAAAAUGGUAUAUUGGAGUGAAAUAAUAUUCUGAGAGAAAACAUCUGGAAUCCGUGAAGAAAUAAGGCCUCUGCAGCCUCGGUCACACUUGUAAAUGCAGAGUAGAGGUUCCUAUGCCAGCUCACAGGCAGGUUUCCUGACACACAGGCUGUGUGACCGAGGAACAUGGUGGGACUAUUCCUCUGUGGACGCUGCUUAUCAGUUAGACUGGGAGGAAGAAGACAAGGAGCUCCGCAGCCGCUCUGUAGGCGAAGGCUUUCCAGCAUCCCAGUCAGCGCUCACCUACGCUCCACUCUCAUCCACACUGGCACUGCCCUGUGCCACCUACGAACUCGGAGACUUGACCUUUGUGCAUGUUCGUGAUAAGCUUUGUUCUGUCACAUGCUCGUUACUGUCAUGAUAGCAAAACACCUUCUUCUGCCCCAAACGGAUUUCUUGCUAUUUGUGUCACAAACAAUUAAGGAUGCUUAACACAAAAGUAAGUCUGUGUUGUCAAUAAACUGUGUUGUCAAUGGUGUUUUUGCGAAGACUGGCAAAAUGUUUAAGGAAAUGGCUUGGUAAAGUCUCGUUUUCAUUUUUGUUCAAGGAAAGAAUAAAUUGAAAUAGAUUGUUC